AUGUUUCCUGCGACCUGUGGUAGUGAUUUCAUGAAAUCUGGUGCAAAAACCCGUAACAGUGGUUGCCGAAGAACCCAAGACUUACUUCGCGUGCGAGCAACAGACCCCCGGCCGUGUCCGAAGUGCGGUAAGAUAUAUCGGUCGGCGCAUACGCUAAGGACGCAUCUUGAAGACAAGCACACUGUCUGCCCUGGAUACCGUUGUGUGCUUUGCGGUACGGUAGCAAAAUCACGUAACUCGUUACACUCGCAUAUGUCUCGACAGCACCGUGGCAUCUCUACCAAGGACUUACCUGUGCUUCAAAUGCCUACACGGUUUGAUCCUGAACUUGCCAGUCAGUUGCUAGCUAAAGCCGGAGUGAAAGUUUCUCCUGAACAACUUCGAGCUCGUGCGUCGCCCACUGGUCCUCGUCGAUCUGAUAUUAAAUUAGACGCCAAAUCAGCUGCUUCAGAAAGCAGCUCUAUCUGCGGUGACAAUGAUAACGAUGACCUCAGCCAGUCAAGAUACCAGGACAACAUACCUGUCUCACCGCCUCACAUCAACAACCUGGCAAAUACAACAAUCACCAAAGUACCUGCUGUGCGAGCUGUAACUGCUAAGACUAUUGAAAAUAUCCCACAUGGGCUACCUACGGGAAUGAAACAUGAUGAUUACCCACCAGGCUAUGGAGGCAGCUCAGCAUUGUUAGACACUUACCUGCAGUACAUCGGUGAGAAUAUGUUCGGUAUGAAUGCAAAAUUGGCACAAAUGACAAUGCACAUGGAUCGAAAAAUAUACGAAGAAUCUUCGCCGCAAAUGGGAUCUCUACCGCCGCCGCCGACCAACCUUGCUCACCAGCGUUUCUUAAAGCAAAUGCAGCGACAAUAUACUGAGAACAUGAGCAAGCCUGACAUUAUGCGUAACUCAGAUGAACCUCUGGAUCUUGGCAAAGAAAGACAGAGGAAUGAUAGUAUAAGCGAGACUGAUGAUAAGCACGAAACCUCAGACAAGGAUAAUGGUAAAGAUUAUUACAAUGAUGACGAAAGGAGAAUUAACAACUCCGAACAAAACCCGGAGAACAAUGGUCAGGAUGACGGUGACUACUCUGAAGAUGAACACAAUAAAAACUCGUCAUGA